AUGUGCAUGUGCAUGUGCAGUGCAGCAGACCAGAUCCAUACAGGCUUCAAGAACUCAUCGAAGACUAGUAGACUAGAAAGAACAUCCACAGAAGAUGAGCCAACAAGGGUUAACUAUAGGCCAAGUGAUGGUAUUUCUGUUUAUGGAUGCAAAAACAAGAUUCGUCACGAAUAUGCCUACUUGCCCGUGUCGGGCUCGGUACCUGUUGAUUUGUUCCAGAACCUGACCACCACUUCAACAUUCCAUCGCUACAGCGGUGAAGAAGCCACUGAUGUUACAAUGGGACCCUGUAGCCUGUCAGCCCGUCCUGUCUGA